AUGCCUCCUAACAACAAGAAAAAGAAGAAGCCAGCCUCCAACCCUGCUCGAGGAUUUGCAACGGUUUCUGUUCCCUCAAAACCAAAGGCUCCCGAGCCAACAGCUCCUACAUCAACGGCUGACUCUAAAGUGACAUCGGAAAGCGAACGGCCAACACCAGCGGAGGAGAGCCAAGCGCCCGUGAAGACACAAGAAACCUCAUCUCUACAAAAUUAUUCACCCGAGGAGCUUGAAAAGCAUUUGGAAGAUGCGGAGCUACAGAUUUUGGUUGAUAAAUAUGGGGUCAAGUGCAAGAACGACGCAGCGCGUCAGGUCACCAAACUCGAGACCGAGCGGCGGGUGCUGCGGCAACAGGCCCCUUCAUUGAGUCUUCUAGAAUGGUUGCCUACCGAAGUGCUGGAUUGGGUUCUCAAGCUCAUCGAUACAGAAGAGCGUGAGCUUAGUCCCAUGCCUGGGCGAGAUUCGAAUGGCGUCAAACGGUCUGGCUCCGAAGAGGAGUUAUACGUGAGACUCUGGACCUUGAAGGAGACACUUUCUAGACUUGGCUUCCCUGAAACAAAGAUCGAAGGUGCCAUGAAACAUCUUUUGCUAUAUUUCUCCGGCAAUGCCCCCAGCGCCAAUAGGGAUGUGCUAUGGAAUUUGGACGAGUCGUUAGAUUGGCUGGCUAUGCACUGCAGCUCUGAAGAACUACCGUCUUAUGCGCGGACAAAUGCUCAAGCACCUAAGGACUCCGAAAAGUCCAUUUCCUGGAUCACUGAUCGUGAAUCUCCACGAUCUUCCACUGAAAAUACCAAACAGGAUAAUAGCGGAACUAAGAAGCAAAAGACAAAAGCUCCAAGCGCUUUAAGUUCGAGUCCAUAUGAUUCCGAUAGCUCCAUUGAUCCUGAUACUCUGGUUCCAAAGUUCUUGGAACUACAGACUCGCUUGUAUGGUCUCCGGCCUGAAGUUUUCGAUAAACCCAAGAAGGGGAAGAAAACGGGUCGUGAGAAUACGGAAAGUAGCCCUGACGAUUCUCAGGUCAUUAGAAUCCAGCGAAAAAUUUCUAAUAUCGAAAAUGACGUUCUUUUCGAUCGCCAAGAAGCCGAGUAUCUGUGGAGAGAAAAGCUUGAUGAUCUCAGGAAAGAAGCAGCUUUUUCCCGGCGUAUCGAGCGGGAAGAAGAGAAACUGCCUUCUGAAGACACCCCAAACCAAGAUGUUCCCGAGGAGGCGAAGGAAACUUCAGAGAGUACUGUUCUGUCCACUGAAGAUACCAAUGAGGAUAACGCAGACCUCUUGGGCGACAUGUUCCAGGCCGAGGAGCCAGUUCUAGAGGUUGGUAUAAUCACCGAGGAACUGAAGAACGCUGCCAUGGAAAUACGGGAUUUUGGAAAAUGGACUGGUCUCAAUCCUAGGCGAGUGCUAGAAGAGACCUGUAAAGCCAAGGAUUCCGGGAGUACGAUCACUUUUAAAGAUUUUUCUCCUUCAACAUAUUCAAACCGAAAGGCAGUUGAAGUGAGAUGGUCAAAACCCCAGGAAGUUCCGUUCCUCUUUUCCGUGGACUUGGUUACUCACAAAUCGAAUUCUUAUGCUACUUUUGUCUCUAUGGAUGGACUUGCAACCCCUACCUCGCAACAAGCCGAAGCCUUCGUCUCAACGCUUGCCCUUUUCAUUCUUUUCCCACAGAACUCCAAAGAAGGAAAAUCUUAUCUGCGCCUGCCAGCAAUUUGGAGGGAGCUUUGGACUGAAUUUGCAAACGCGAAAAAGACCCAGGAGGAUGAAAUUGACAAGAAUACAGUCAAAGAUAUCAAAAAAUUGGUGCAAGACAACCAUGGAAGCUUUGAAGACGAUGUUGUGUUGUCCGAUAAUUUCCGGAGAAGGAAUGUGGCUUCGAGCAGACCAGAAACCCCUCAGAAAGUCACUUCGAAAGAUAAGCUUGGUUUUGAUGAACAGUUGAAGAGAAUAUGGAUGGAGAAAACAGCUACGCCUUCUUUCAAUCGCAUGAUUCAGGGAAGGAUGAACCUGCCCAUAUGGAAUUUCAAAGAAGAAAUACUCCAUACGCUUGAUACACACCGUGCGCUUAUCAUCUGCAGUGAGACUGGAAGUGGUAAGAGUACACAAAUACCUUCCUUUAUUCUGGAGCAUGAAAUGCAGCAGGGCCGUCCUUGUAAAAUUUACGUGACAGAGCCCCGCAGAAUUUCAGCAAUUUCUCUAGCGCGAAGAGUCAGCGAGGAAUUAGGGGAAAGCAAGAAUGAUGUAGGGACCGUUCGUUCUCUGAUUGGGUUCGCCGUCAGACUGGAAAGCAAACUCAAUCAAUCCACAAGAUUGGUAUUUGCGACAACUGGAGUUGUGGUGCGAAUGCUGGAGCGCCCAGACGAUUUCCGGGAUAUAUCCCACGUUGUUCUUGACGAAGUCCACGAGCGUUCUAUCGAUAGCGACUUUUUACUCAUUGUUCUUCGGAGAUUGAUGCAAAAAAGGCCAGACCUCAAACUUAUUCUGAUGUCUGCUACUCUCGAAGCACACCGAUUUUCAUCAUAUCUCGGAGGUGUCCCUGUUUUGAAUAUACCUGGACGAACCUUCCCUGUGGAGAUGAAAUAUCUCGAGGAUGCUAUUGAGUUAACAAAUUAUCGCCUGGCAGAGAACGACUCGAACACUGUGAUCGAUGAGGAUACGGAGGAGAUAGCAGCAGAGAAUGCCGAGGGCGAUACGACUGGCGGUGCUCUGGCCACUCUUGAAGGAUAUUCUAAGCAAACCAAGGAAACAGUCCUGAACUUUGAUGAAUAUCGUCUUGACUACCAGCUUAUCAAGAAGUUACUGACCAAGAUCGCUUCAACGCCGGAGCUAGAACAUUAUAGUAAAGCUAUUCUGAUAUUCAUGCCUGGUAUGGCGGAGAUUCGUCGCUUAAAUGAUGAGAUUCUAUCAGAGCCCGCUUUCCAAAAGGACUGGAUCGUACAUGCACUUCACUCUUCGAUUGCAAGUGAAGACCAAGAAAAGGCAUUUGUUGUGCCUCCAGAGGGCAUGAGAAAGAUUGUGAUUGCCACCAAUAUUGCGGAAACGGGUAUUACGAUUCCGGAUAUUACUGCCGUCAUCGACGCAGGCACAGAGAAGACGAUGCGCUUCGAUGAGAGACGACAACUGUCGAGAUUGGUAGAGUCUUUUAUCUCGCGUGCCAAUGCAAAGCAACGUCGGGGAAGAGCUGGACGUGUACAAAGUGGAAUUUGCUUCCAUAUGUUUACCAAACAUAGGCACGAUAAGUUGCUCGCGGAACAACAAACUCCUGAAAUGCUUCGUCUGUCGCUUCAGGAUCUAGUGUUGCGUGUCAAGAUCUGCAAGCUUGGUGAGGUAGAGCAGACUCUUCUCGAGGCUUUAGAUCCACCUUCGUCGAAAAACAUACGUCGCGCAAUUGACUCUCUUAAGGAGGUCAAAGCUCUAACGAAUGCCGAAAACUUGACCCCCUUGGGAUCGCAACUUGCUAAGCUGCCUUUGGAUGUUUUCCUUGGAAAGCUGAUCAUCCACGGAGCUUUCUUCAAGUGUCUCGAUGCUGCUCUCAGCAUUGCUGCCAUUCUAUCGUCUAAAUCGCCUUUCGUCAGCACCAUGGGAUCUAACGCUCAAAAAGACAUCUCAAGGUUUUCCUUCAAAAAGGGCGAUUCGGACUUACUGACGGUAUACAAUGCUUAUUGCGCUUGGAAGCGCACGAGAAGUACACCGGGAACCAAUGAAUUUGCCUUUUGCCGAAAGAACUUUCUUAGUUCCCAGACCUUGUUGAACAUUGAAGAUGUCAAGAUGCAACUAGUUGUCUCCAUUGCCGACGCGGGGCUUCUCACUCUGGACCCGGCUCAAAAGACAUCGUUGAAUAGAGCACGGUCUGGUGGGCGGCAACGACAGUUCUUCACAAUUCCCGACGAGUACGACAUUAACAGCGCCAACGAUGUCGUUGUUAACUCGGUCGUAGCAUGGAGUUUCUACCCCAAACUACUCACUCGGGAAGGCAAAGGCUGGCGGAAUGUAGCAAACAACCAGGCAGUCACCCUCCACCCAACAUCAGUAAACAAGCAUGCGGAUGCAUCUCUGAAAUGGCUUUCGUACUACCACAUCAUGCAAGCACGAAACCGAAACUACAACGCCCAUGAAACCAGCGCCGUGGACGACUUUGCCAUUGCAUUAUUGUGCGGUGAUGCCGAGUUCAAGAUGUAUUCGGGCGUCAUUUCCAUCGACCAAAACCGAGUCCGGUUCGCAGUCCGUGAUUGGAAAUACAUGCUCGCCCUCAAGGUUCUCAGCGCCCGCAUCCGCGACAUUCUGGCCGGCACAUUCCGCGAUCCCCAGAAGGUGCUGUCGUAUAAACAGCAGCAGUGGAUUGAAAUCUGGCAGCAGAUUUUCACUCUGGCCGGAAAGCGAGUCUGA